AAUACGGUUCUCUCUCACUCACACUGCACCAUGUUCAAAUAUCAUGAGAGUAGCGUAAACGCCCUCCAUAGAGACCCUGCACUCUUUCCAAAAUUCUAAGCCCUCACUCUUAUUUUUUCCGACGACAAUGGUCUCCGGCAUUGACAUGUCACUCGACGACAUUAUGAGGUACUCCGCCAAGGCGGCGGCGUCUCGCCGGCUAUACACAUUUGUUCGCAACCCGGUCAGAACGACGCCGUAUCCCGUUCCUCUGGCAAGGUAUCACGGAAUGAUUCCAGAAAUGGAUUUUGAAGAUGACGGUGCCGCUAUGAUCGAAAGCGGAACCAAACUCUUGAUAUCUAACUUGGAUCUUGGAGUUUCAAACGGUGAUAUAAAGGUUUUGUCACCAUCUUCUACACAACUGCUGUUUUCGGAAGAGGGUGAAUUGAAAAGAUGCUCCAUUCAUUAUGAUCAGAACGGGAGAUCAAAGGGAACAGCAGAAGUUGUGUUUAUGAGACACUCUGAUGCUUUAUCAGCCAUCAAGAAAUACAACAAUAUGAGGCUUGAUGGAAAACCAUUGCAAAUUGAGCUAGUUGGAACUAGUAGUUCUUUUGUUUCCUCUCUUCGUCAAAAUAGCUUACUGGGAAGACCAAGUGAUUCACUUCUAAGCAAAGGAGAAAGAGUUAGAGGUAGGGGGUUCCACAACGACUUUGUACAUGACUACAUUCCAAGGGUCCGUGGAGAAGAGAAUGGAUAUAUUCGAGAGUUAUAUUUAACAGAUAUGGAUGAUGCUUUGGAGAGGCCUCACCGCGUUCCGAGAUACCACGCAAAAGUAAAGAGCAGUAAUAGAGAAGUAACUGCUAAAGAUCUUGAUGAUGAUUUGGAGAGGUAUCACCUAGAGGCUAAGCGGAUAAAAGAACAAAAUGGAAAGUCAGAUAAUCAUUGAUAGCCAUAUGAAUCGUAUUAUGCCUAAAUGUGUCAGAAAAGCAUCGGAUAUAAACACAAUAGUAAUUUUGUUGCAAAAUCUUACCUCUGCUGUCUAGAUUAGUUUGACGUUUGGACAUAUGUUUUUCGAAACACUGCGGACACAGUUCGUUACCGGUCAGUUUGGGUUGACGAAAUUAGAAUUCAAACAAAAUAGUAUAUCA